AUGUAUGACGUAUGGGAUGACCUCCACAGUUCCCAGCCAUACAAACCUGUUCUAGAAGUGUCUCUUCCUCUCCAGAUGGCAGAGCCAGCUGCCUCAACCUCGAUUGCCUCACCCCAGAUAGUGAACGAGGACACGAAUGAUCUCUACGAUGAGUUGUUCUCAUAUGGUGACAAUUGUGCAGAAACUGAAGGGACGAAUGAUGACCAUCAAAAGAAGGUUGAGAGUGAACCUUGUGCGCCGGGCACUGGUCCUCCUAUUGUACCGAAUGUGAGUGAGGAAUCUGUAGAUAUCUACUCUGGAAUCUUAGCCCCUGAAUUCCUCACCCCCAAGAGGAGGAGAAAGAGUCACGAGAUCCAGAGUAUGUAUGAGCAGUGCUUAUCGGCCGCAUCAACUCUUGAGAUCCAGAACCAACAGUUACUGGUCGAGAUGACCUCCGUCAAGGAAGAGAAUGACCGCCUCAAAAAGAACAUCUCUUCGCUGUAUCAGACAGCUAAGGCCGAGGUUGGCCGCAAGGACAGGGAGAUCCAUCGCUUGAGGAAACAAGUCUGGAACCUCCAAAGACACUUGAAUGAUGUUCGUCAAUACAUUCCACCAGGAGGGCAACCAGCGUAUCCACAACAAGUUGGUACAUGUCUGGAGUCUAGUGUGAAUGAGGAGCACCUGUCGUGUAGCACUGGUAGUGGGUUUCAUGGUGUGGUCGUCAACGGUGAUGGUGAGGGGAGCACCUCCAAGAUAGGAGGCAUUAAAUCACUCCCAGUGCAUAGUUCUGAAAAGAGCUUUUGCCUCGCAGAAAACGCCUCGCCUAUGAAACGGACAAAACUGCAAAGAACUCUUGAUAAAGCAAAAGAAAUCCGAUCAAAAUAUCGUGAGAGGGAUAGACGGCAAUCGACAAAGGAAAGCAGUAGAACAACGUCUGAGGUGCUGCGACGGCGGAGUGACUCGGGUAAAUCAUUGGAGCAGAGUUCAGCCAGGCUUAACUUGUGUAGUGAGCGCAAAACACGUGAUGAUGACGAGUCAUAUGCAAAGCAGAGUAGAAGGACUAGUUCAGACAAAAGGUCAAGGUCUAAAGACAGUAGUAAGAGCCGGGAUUCAAAGCGAAGCCGUAGUGAGUAUGAACAUCGAUCUUCGUCCAGAAAGCUGAGAUCAGGAGAUCAACACAGGAAGGAGGAGGAUCGCAGAAAGUCUCACUCAACCCGUGAACGACGCAGAGACUAUUCUGAUGAGGAGUGUGAUUAUCCUGACUGUUGGGAAUGUGAAAGAGAUCGGGAUCGUAGAAGGCAUCAUUCAGGGAAGGCCAGGAGUUCAAGGCGCAGAGACGCUGAUCAUAAGUCACAUAGCAGGCAUCGACACAACCAGAAAUCUGUGUCUCCUGAACGUAGAGGUCCGCGCAGAGGGAGGGGCCAGUCGCCUGAAAGGAGACAUUCUAAACCUAAACAGCUGGGAAAGUCGAGGCAUAUACCAAGCUCUCAGGUCAAAGACUCGCCAGUGCAUAGUGAAAGUAAGUCUAGGUAUUCGAGAAGUCCCAAAAAGAUGGACAAAUCUGGGUCUGAAAGAUCGCGCUCACGUGAUAGAAACUAUGAGAGGUCUGGUGAUGUGCUGAAAACUGACGAUGAGAAAAAGUCACCGAGGUCCAAAGGUGAUGCUGGGGAGGCAGAUGUAGCAGAAAAGAUAGGUAGGAAGGCAGAAAAAAGGGCGGAUGUAGGUUUGGUUGUAAAGAAAUCUGGCGCUCAAGAUCAGGUCAAAAUGGAACAAAAAACUCUGCCUGACUCAAAUGAUUCUGCCACAGAUAAAAGGUCGAACAAGAAUGAGACACUUGCAAAACAAAACAUUGUUGAUGAAACUGUCAGGUCAGGUCAAGCUAGUGGUAAGUCUGUUGAACCAAAGGAGCAAUUGAGCCACAUUAAUGAAACUCAUCCAACAACCAUUUCAGUUCCAUCUGAUCGUGACAAUGGAGGGAAGAGAGUUGACUGUACAAAACUUGCAUCUGAGAAAGUGGAGAAAAAUUCAAGAUCUUCUGCGGCUGAAUCUGAAAAGGUGAAGGUAGUUACCAAAGCUUUCCUCAAGGAAAAACCUGGUGAUGAGACGUCUGUUCGAAUUGAAAAAGGUUUGAAGAAGAGGUCUUCUUCGAAAACAGGUGAAUUAAUCACUGAAAUACCCGAGAGAAAAUCCAGUUCCGGUGAUCCUCUGAAAUCCUCGAAACUGUCUGUUCAGCUGAGCAGCAAUUUUGAAGAAAAUUUGAAGCAAAGAGACAAACAAGGUGAGAGUGAGAGGAAACCUGGGAAGAACAUCAGCAGUGAGGAAAAGGAGCAGGAAAAAGUUAGCCCCAGGAAAAAUUUGUUCAAGGAUUACUGUUCAAAACAAAAGGUGACGCCAGUGAAUGAGACGACCAGUACUCUUGAUGAAUUGUUUGGUGAGCAAGAUGAGAUCCAUCUGGUGGACGUGGCUGAUGUUGUUAAGACACCUAUCCUCUCUAACUGUGAGAAUGCCAUGGAGCUGCCGGGGACCAACUCUCCAUUGAAGAGUAAGAAGACUGGCUAUGGAAGCAUCAGUCAGGCACUGAGGUUCUCAAAGAAGGAGCAGGUGAAAACAUCUACUGGGUUGACAGACUCUGCUGUUAAAUCUAUGGAUGCUUUAGACAAUGAAUCGGACAAACUAGUUAGUAGUAUGACAGAGUGUGACGGUGCCCAUGUUCAUACUUGUGGCAGCAUUCCUCCAGUAGCAUCCAUUGAGAGUGGCCAGAGUGACAGUAACACAUCUGACACCAUUGGUAAUACAUGUAACACAUUUGAUACUAUAAGCAGUAUUGGUGUUAACGCUAUGGCUCCCAUUGGUGUUAACACAGUGGAUUCCAUUGGUGUUAACACAGCAUAUACCGCUGGCAGUAGUACCAUGGAUAACCUAGCUUCAUAUAGUAACACAUUUGAUACUGUUGCAUCUAACACAAUGGAUACAUCUCAAAGUCAUUCAGACAAAACUGAGUGCAAUAUUGCGGGCAGUUCAUCUCAAACUGCUUCAAAUAUAAGAAAUGGAUAUGCAUCUGUAAACAAGGAUCAUGAUGAUGUUGUUUCUUCUGACAAUGAGGCAGAGUCUGAUGCCCGAAGUGGAACAUCUCCAAUCUCCCCGGAACAAGGGGUGAGACGGCGUAGUGCGAGGUUUGAGAUUAGUGAUGAGGGUGGCCGGGAUUCUGAGGAGGAGAGGUCAGAUUCUGAAGCAGGGGAUGAUGGUCAGUCUGGUUCAGAUUCUGAGGGUGAACAAGUUGAUGAGAAUGCUGCAGAUCGGGUGUCUGAGAUGGAGGAGAGGAGUGAUGUUGAAGAGGAGGAGGGAGAGUCUGAUGUGAGUGUGGAGGAGGAGGAAAUUGGCAAAGAAUCCGGUAGUGAGGCUGAGGGGCAGGAAGAGUUGGAGGUUGCAAGUCAGUCGGGGUUGGAGGGAGAAUCUGGUGGUGGAGAGGAGUCUGAUGAGGAGAAUGCUUGUCUUGAAGAGGUGGAGUCUGAGACUGCAGAAUCUGGAGUUGAGAGUUGGCGUUCUGGAGAUGAGGAACAGGAAUCUGGCUCGACUGAUGAGGAAUUCCAAGUCUCUGAGCAAAGUGCUGAUGAAUCAGGUACUGAAGAUUCUGAUGCUGAACAGCUGGAGUCUAAUUUGAAUACUGAUAGUGAGGAGGAGUUGUGUCCUACAGAAAAAGUGAUGAAACGGUCGGAAUGUGACCAGGAGAUGCAGGAGUCUGAUGAGUCGGACAAGAGGAUGCAGGUACCUCAUGCCGAGCUUGGAAACUUAGACAAUGCAAGGGGAAAGAGGUUGCAUGAAUGUUCUUCUUGGAAUGGGGAGGAAAUGUCUCUGCCACUGCAGGCAGAAUGUGAGCAAGUGAAUCUUAGUCAGUUGGAGAUAGAAGCAUUGGAGUUGGAGGAGAAAGCUUUGGUGAAAGAGAUGCAGUCCUUAGACCAAGAAUCACAGGAGUCAAGGGAGAUGGAGAGGUUGGAAGAACUGGCCCAUAGAGCAGGAGGGACGUUGAGGGCCCAGGAAAAAGCUGUGGAAACUGAAAUGGAAGGUCGGGAAGAUGGGGAUGAGGAUAUUGAGGAGGGAGAGUUGUCUAGUGACAGUGAAGAUGAGGCUGCAGUGAUUACCAAAGAUGCUGAUAGAGAUACAGCACUUGAUAGAGGAGUUGAGAGAUCCCAAGCAAAGGUUGCUGGCAACAUGAGAGGAGAUCAACCCAGGCGACCUGUUCAUGAGAGACUUGGGCUGUUGUCAAGUGGAACGAAGAAGCGUGCUAGGUCACCAGAGCAUGAAAGAUUGACCCCACCAAAGAGGACAAGACGUGAGGGGAAGAGUAGGUCAGGGGAAAGACCCAGGGCUGCUAUUAGUCGACAUGAUCUAACACAUUCAGCUGGACAUAGGUCCCCUCGCAGUGAUAGAGGGAGAUCAAGUGAACAUGUCAGAUCGUCACGCCAUGGCCGGCAACAGUCUCCGCAAAGGGUUCAACAUCGAUCUCCACGGCUCAUGUCUCCGGUGAGUGAAAGAAGAAAACCUUCUCACACAAGAGGGAGGUCUCGAGAUAGGCUUCAGUCUCCUCGGGGCCAGAGAUCAAGGACCCCGAAGCUUAGGUCGCCUCAUAGUGGUAGAUCAUCAUCUCACGAUCAUCCCAAGCACAGACAUUCACAUGAAAGACGCGAAAAGACCUCUAGUAUUUCAAAGAAAAAAGAAGCUGGUAUACGUGAGAGAAGAUCAUCUCACAUUGAUAGAGUAAAGUCCAGCAGUUCACGUGUUGCUGGUAGACCUCCAAGCAAAAAGGAGACUAAACAUCCAUCAAGGUCUCAUUACCACAGUCCCUCUCCUGGUACAUCAAGGCGCCGAUCGCAUGAUAGACGAAGGUCAUGUUCUUGCUCGAGAUCACCAUCUCCUAAUCACCGAUCUCACAGAAUUUCUCGUUCUGGUCAACGUAAAUCUCCAUCUCCAGACAGAUCUCGUACAAGGCGGCGGUCUACUGAUAGGCAUUCUUCCAAUUCUUGCUCGAGAUCACGAUCUCCUGCACGACCCCAUCACAUGUCAAAAACCUUCGGGAAAAGGCAAGAUUCUCGAGUAAGGCAGCGGUCAACUGACAGACACAGGUCAUUCACUUCUGGUCAUUCUUGCUCAAGAUCAAGAUCUCCUGCUCGACGACAUCAUAAGAAAAGAACCUCUCCUAGUAGAGAUAAAUUGAAAUCGUGUGCUGGUCACGUGACGUCAUCGUGUGCUGGUCAUGUGACGUCAUCAGACAGGUCUAGUUCAAGGCGGACUGAACAUGGCAGGGGAGCGUCUAAGUCUGGCUCAGCUACACACAAGGAGGAUCUUGAUAAGGAAAGACCAAACCAACGAGAGCCAUCAAGCUCAAAGUUGACAGGAAGUAGUGCCAAAGAUAGUGCAAUGAAAGCAAACACAGGCAUUAGCCGUCAUGGGAAAGAGAUUGUGAAAUAUGGUGGCGACGGGAAGAGUACGAACAGGGCUGAAAGUGUUGAACCAAUUGAUGACAUGGAUUGUGAGGUUACGCUUGAUCUUGUGGACGAGGUUGUGGACAAUUUGAGGACUCAGAAUGAAGAGAAUUGCACAAAAGUUGAGUCUGUUCAGAGUUGCGAAACAUGUCAUUCUGCUAAUCAAAUAGCAGUUAGAAAUGAUAAGCACCUGGUUCUAAACAAUGUUGCUGACUCUCGUGAGAAGGGUCAACAGAAAGCAGACAAGAAUCAAAUGAAAAUGAUUGAUAACAACAUUUCCAAGGUAAAAAAAUCUCUGAGUAAAGUUUCUAGCACGAGCAUUGUUAGGAAAUCCCGUUCAGAGACGUCAGUUGUACACAAGAAGGUGAAAUCAAUGGAGAGGACGAAUUCAGAUUCUGUGACAAAGACUGAUCAAGUCAGACAACAGUCACAUCAGACUUUGAUGGCUACUGAUGGACUGAGUGCUGAUGGUAAGGGAUUAACUGGGGAAAUGGCACCUAGCAAGGACACUUUGAAAUCUAAUCUACCGGUGACAAGGAAGAAAAGUGUAAAAGUGAAGACAAGUUCUAGUUGUUGGAAUCUGAAGAACAAGAGUGGAGGUGAAAAGAUGGAAGAUGUUGAAAAUGAAAGGAACAAAGUGGACAAAACAAAACUGAAGAAAAUAUCUCGUCCUCAGAAAGUCCAAGUCAAAUCUAUACAAGAGAGUCCUGGGGAAAUGUCCAUGUCGGAGAAACUCGUUUCCUCCAAGGGUGUGAGAUCUGGGAGUUUAAAGGAUUCCGAGGUGAUGGCUUCACAUUCUGCAGAUUCAUGUGAAGUGACUGAACAUGCUGGGAGCUCUAUGACAGUUAUGGUCUCCCCUAAAGAAACUGAAAAAGUUAAGGUGGGGACACAAAAAGUCAAGAAAUCUGGUUCAGGAACGCUGGUAAAAUCUCCAAGAGUCAAGCAAAGUCCAAGUUCUGAAAAGAGUAAAAACUCGAUCAAACUGAGAGGAAGUAAGAGUUCAGAGAAUGUCAGUACAUCUUCGUUGAAAGUAAAGAUAGCUGUGGAAUCAUAUGACCUGAAGGGGAGCUCCAGUUCUGAAAAUGUUGUGGGAUCUUGCACAGUGGUAAGUCCUAGUUCUGAGAAUGUCCGAGGGAAAUCUUCGAAGCCGAGAAAAAGCUCGAGUUUGGAAAAAAUUGUGAAAUCUGCUGAAUUGAAAGAAAACCAGAGCUUGGAAAAACAAAGCCUGAAUUCAGGGAAACCUAAUGAGAGCUCAUCGAGCUCUGGUCAAAUACUUGUUGACUCUGUGAAACCAAAGGGUUCUAAUUCUGCCAAAGCCUCUACACCUAAAAGUGCCAAUUCAGAUGUCGUUAAAAAAACUGUGAAACUGAAAAAAAGUCCAAGUUCUGGGAAAGCUGUUCUAAAAUCAAAACCAAAGGAAAGUUUAACGAGGUCAUCCUCGUCUCAGGUUCAAGGUCACAAGACCAAACCUCAAAAUAAAAGUCUCGAAAAGGUUGCUGGGUCCGGUGAUACGUCUUGCUGACUAGGAGUUGAAAGGCAGAAGUAACUCAUGUUCAUUGUAUUUCUUGCCGCUCAGGUUAAGAGAGACAUUGCCAUCAUGCCGGUAUUAUGCAUGCAAAUUUUCUGAAACUUGGCAUUUAUAGUAGUUGUAUAUCAGCCGACACCAUGGCCAUAUAUGAACAUGUAUUUACAGAAUUGAACAUUUUCAAAUUCAAGUUCAAUUUUCAUAUUUGUUAAUGAAUGAGCAUGCCAUGAGGAUAUGUGGGAAAUAUGCAGUUUCUUUUAUUUUGGUGCUUUUACCCUUAAUAUUUCCUCAAUGGAAACGUACUGCCAAAACCAGGCAAAUGACUUUUGGAAAUAGAUGUAGACGUAAAACCCUGUGAUCUGCUCCUGAAAACAGCCAAUACAGCAAAGUGUAACGUGGAUAUUGGCAUAGUAGUCAAAAAGAGACUGCAUCUGUGUAUGGUGUGAGUGACUGGGGGGGGGGGGGGGGCAAGGCAGUCUGAACCAUCUUGUCUCUCCGGUCUAUUCCUUUAGAUGUAAAAAGACGGCGAGUGUUUUGU